AUGGAAGAAAACACCCCACGUCCAGCCAUCAUCAACACUCCGGAAGGCUCUGCCGGAGCCGACGAAAAUAACACGCAGACCAGUGCGGCGAAAAACCCGGCCAUUAAAGACCGCAAAUGUCAGUACUGCCACCAGGCCUUCACGUCCUCUUCGCUUGGUCGCCAUCUCGAUCAGUUUCUUUUCAAGAAGAAGCCCGAUGGUGUUCAUGACGUCGAGGAGAUCCGGCGCAUUCGGAGUGGCAUCACCCGUCGACAGGCUCGGACCUCGUCGGCGAAGCGCGACACCCCUGAACGCGCCACGGGAAAGGGCCAUCUGGAUGCAUACAAUGCUGGUGAAUCCAGUGGGAAGUCGAGGGACGGCGUGCGGAUGAUGUUCAAUACCCCGACAUGGCAUGCGACCGGUGUCAUCAACGAUAUACCUAAUCCUAGUCAAGCCCAGGACAACCUGGGCUCCAGAUUCGCCUCUUCGCAGUCCCGAACUGGCUCUCUGAAUCUCCCGGACUACGCGAGCCGAGGCGCGACUGCGAACAAUCCAGACACUACGCGCGCGCUAGAGCUGGCGCUGCGGGAGGUGCUGGACAACAUUAAAGCUGCCACUUCCCGGUUGCGCCCGCGUGUAUCUCCGUUCGACUUUGAUAUCCAGUCUCAGACGUUCCCUUCGCUCUGCCUGCAGUUACUGCCACCUCCUCCCAGCCUGUUCGCGACGAACCCUUUCCCGUCAACCACAUCGUUUCCGCUCCAGCCCCCAGGCAUAGAACAUGUUGAGAUUGUUCGACAGGCGCUUCGCGCGAAGAUCGACCAGUGGCAGUCAGAUCAGCUCUCAGCUGAAUCAUCAUCGACUACCACUCAGUCCAAUAGGGCGGGACUCGAUUCCAGCAUGAUCUCGAAAAGCGCUCAGCAGCAUGAAGAGAUUAGCUCGAGACACCUGGAUCUGGCAUUCAAACACUGGGCGUCGCUACACGCCGACACGAGACGGGACGCCUGGCAACUCGAAAUCACUCGCGCGUUCGCCCGGGAAAUCGAGAAGCGUAAAAGCCUGGACGACCAGCUCGCUCGGGUGCAGCAGGAAGCGAACCAGCUCCGCGCUCAGGUCGAAAGGCUGGGCUCGUGUCAAUGGCCCCGGGAGUUUGCGCUUUUCCCUCCAGAUACGCUGCCGUUGCCGCGAGACGUCGCGCGCGAGUUGGAUGCAAAGGAGAGCCAGAUCAGUCCCGAUUCGGAUCGCUGGGACUACGACAGUGUGGUGGCCAAGUGGAAACGCGUGGUGAUGCAUGAUAAGAGCAUGGGCCGCAUUGGCCUCGGUUAUACCAGCCCGAUUGUGGAUGACACAGACGCAAGACAUCGCACCGGAGAGGACUCGGCGAACCCAUCCAGACCGAGAAUCCUGCAACCCCCAGCGGCUGUCAGCCCCUCGGUCCAAUCCCCGUCCCAGACAGGCGGUCCGUCGGCGCCCUCGAGCCAGCAUAACUCUCCCUACCUCCAGCAGCAGGAUGGACACCAGAGCCCCAACGCGGGGCCGCCAGCCAAACGUCCGCGUCUUAUGAACGGCCACAACGCCGGCAAUACCUCUAGCAGCGCUGAAGGGGCUUCGGCCUCAUCUCCGAGCGGUAUCCCUCGGGUGUGGAAUCCACCACAGACAGCGGAGCAGUCCUCCCCUCCGCCUGAUGGAGCAUAG